UGAUAGCGGACAAGGCCGAAACUCAAGGAGACGCUAAAUUCAUUCGCACUGAAAGAGCCGGCUUGUGUAGGAGUGAUAGGAGCCGUUUGAUAUUAAAUAAUAAUUUCUUAGCCUACUUUUAAGCAUGACCUCUACCAGUGAGGAAAACAAACCGAAAAAAAACGCCCUUUUACCAGGACGUAGAUGGCUUCCGACUUCCAGGCGUUUUUUCGGCCGAGGCAUAUAGGUCUGCUCUGACCUACAAGCCUCGACCUGGAGACUUGUUCAUCGUCACCUAUCCUAAAUGCGGGACUACCUGGGUACAGAAUAUAGUGGCUUGCAUCUUCAGAGAAGGCAAGCCAUUUACUUCGGCACUCCAGUUUUUUACAGAGACUCCCUUUCUGGAAAUGACCGGUGCGAAGGCGGGUGAAGUUCUGAAGAGACCUGGAGCAAUAAAGCUCCACCUACCAUUCCGCUUGACACCUUGGUCUCCAGAAGCCAAAUAUAUUUAUGUAGCUAGAAAUCCAAAGCACUGCUUUGUAUCUCUUUACUACCACACUGAAGGUAUGCCUGGUUAUCGUUUUGAAGACGGAAACCUGGACGACUUUUUUGAGCUUUUUAUGAAUGGAGAAGUAGAGUUCGGUGAUUACUUCGAAACCACUCUAUCCUGGUGGGAACACAGAAACGAUCCGAAUGUCCUCUUCAUUACCUACGAGCAAUUAAAGAAGGACACGAAAGGAUAUGUUCUGAAAAUAGCUGAAUUUAUAGACUCAAAAUAUGGGGAGAAACUUGAAAAGGACGAAAAAAUGCUCCAAGAUGUUAUCCAUCACAGCAGUUUUGGCUUCAUGAAGGAGCACCUAAACAGACACUUGACGGAACUGAUGACCAUGCCCAGGGAGAUGAUUGAACAAAAUCCCGACAUUCCUCAGGGACUCAGAAAAAUGCUGUUGUCGGGGAACUUCCAGAUGAUGAAGAAAGACGCGGAAGGAGUGAACUUUGUUCGGAAAGGUAUUGUCGGAGAUUGGAAGACUCACCUUUCACCAGAACAGAACGCUCGACUGGAGAAGAAAUUCAUGGAAAAGUUUGCGGGAACAGGACUUCUAGAACUAUGGAAGGACGACAUGUGAUAUUUUCGUUGAAUGUAUACAGAAGCAAACUCAGUUAUUAAAAUUUUGUAUUAAAUAAAUGUUUUGAUAAUUUAA